ACGCAUUCUGAAAUUCUCCAGUUCCUGUGUCUCUUAUUCUGCUCUGCCCUGGGGCUGCUCCUCCCAUGACCCCCACUUCCUUCUUUCCAACCACAGCAAAAUCCGGUGUGUUAUGAACCGAGACUUUGGACCAGUUUGAAUUUGGAAAUCCUUCAGUAUUUUACCUUGCUCAUUUUCUCUUUUUCCCCCCAAGUAUAUUAUUAUGUUCCCACGCAUUUUUCAUCACGGCCACACGAUAAUUUUUGCAGAUGUUCCGAGGUGGAUGGCUGUGGGAUGUUUAUCAUCAGUAUUUUGCAAUCACCUUGUAGGAUCUACUGUUUCUUCUGCUUUUUUUUUUUUUGCACAAGCCGAACUUUGAAUCAUCUGAUGUUUUUUUUCUCCCCCAGCAAUAGUAAUUACUUUAAAUACAUUCCCUUUAAAUGGCAGUGUGGAUGAAGGAUGCCCCUGUUCUCCUCCUUCAGUUUUUCAGUACAACCAGGUCAAUGUCUACACUUACUUUAUCACGGUGCAAUUAUUUUUAUCAUCAUGACAAAGCACAGCUCCCUUGUCCUAGUGCCCCAGUUUCUUGCCACACCCCCUGGGGCCGUGUGUGUGUGUGUGUGUAUACAUGCUCCCAGCUCUUUGUCCCUUCCACCUCCCUGGUGAUGUGACUUCCCCCUGCGGUUCAUUGGCUGUCAGGCAUCGCCCAGGCAACGGGAGGACACCAAACCGAAGAGGCUGGUCCGUUUCCUUACAGCAGAGAUAAGCUUGCUCAUUGGCUAGGAGCGUUGCCUAUAACAACGGGAAGACGCUGAUCAGAGCUGCUUUGGUGGCAGGCAAGCAUCUUCGAGGCCUCAGAGGGAGCCGGGGGAUUUCCUGGCCUGGCCAAGCUGCCACAGGAGCCAUGUCUCAGCCUGCCGUGCUUCUCACCCAGGAGCCUGCUCCGCAGAGCAUCCCUGUGUCUGAGCUGCCCAUGAAGGUUUACGAGCCGGCUCUGAACACCGGUCCUGACUCCUCCAGCGGUUUGGCUACGGCCGGCUUCCGCACCGCCAAGUUCCUGCCCGAAGAAUGGCACCAGAACAACUACAUCCGAUACCACGAGGCCUUUGCCGACCGCGACCACUCCGAGCGCUGCCGCCACGAGUCCCAGAACCUGGCCAAUUACACGGCCGAGUUGGCCCAGCGCACCCAGGAGGACUCCACGGCUAAGGUGGGCCAGAGGCUCCAGGACAUCCACUUCUGGAAGUCAGAACUCCAGAGGGAGAUUGAGGACCUGGUGGCUGAGACUGACCAGCUGGCGGCCCAGAAGCUGCGGCUGGAGCGAGCCAUUGAUGCCACGGAGAUCCCCUACAGCAUCGCCACGGACAACCUGCAGUGCCGGGAGCGCCGGCAGCAUCCUGACCUGGUGAGGGACCAGGUGGAGGUAGAGCUGCUGAAGGAGACCGAGCUCAUCCGAAAUAUCCAAGAGCUCCUGAAAAGAACAGUGAAGCAAGCCAUUAACCAGAUGCAGUUAAAUCGGGACCACAAGCAGGUCUGCGAGAUGGAUUGGUCAGACAAAGUGGAAACCUACAACAUCGAUGAGAAAUGUGGGCGGUACACCAACCAGAGCACCAACAUUCAAUUCCACCCCAGCUCCUCCAAGUUUGAGGACAGUGCUUCCACCCCAGAGACAUGGGCCAAGCACAGCCAUGACAACAUCUACAGGGCAGAGCGAGAAAGGCUGGCUUCCGUCAACCUCCGUGCCCUGGUUGACAAUAUCCUCCAUGACACAGCCGAGGAUCUGCGCAUGCAGUUUGACAUAGUGAACCAGGCCUUUGCCAAGCGCUGUGAGGAACUGGAGGAUGCCAAGCACAAGAUGGAGCACAGUUUACGAAAAACCCUCCAAGAGAUUGGGCACCAAGAGCAUAACAUUGAAGCACUGAAGCAGGCAAUUAAGGAUAAAGAAACACCCCUCAAAGUAGCUCAGACAAGGCUGUAUGAUCGCUCCUUUAGGCCCAACGUGGAUCUCUGCAGAGACACUGCCCAGUUCAGGCUCAUCAGCGAAGUGGAAGAACUGACGGAAUCCAUUGACUCUCUCAAAAAGAAGCUUCUGGAAGCUGAGCAAAGCCUCCGGAAUCUGGAGGACAGCCGGAUGAACCUGGAGAAGGAGAUUGCCGUGAAAACCAACAGCCUUUUUAUCGACCGGCAGAAAUGCAUGACCCAUCGUACCAAAUACCCAACUAUCCUGAAACUGGCAGGCUAUCAGUAGGAUGUCACUGGAAGCGAAGGAAGCAAUCAGUUUGGGUCCCUGAAAGCUCUACCUUCCUAAAAAUGUUUGUGGUUGAUGGUGCCA